GUGAAGAGAUCAUAGUAGCAAAGAGAUCACCUUUGAUGAUUGUGAUGAAUUGCAGCUAGCAGAAGAGAAACAAGAAUUUUCACAGGUCUGAGCAUGGUGGUAAAAAAAAGGUGCAACCCAGUAUCCCAUUAGAACCAUUGUGGUUUUGGUUCAAGAAAACAGAUCAUUUGAUCACAUGCUAGGAUGGAUGAAGUCCCUUCAACCAGAAAUUGAUGGUGUCACUGGAAAUGAAUCAAACCCUUUGUCUGCCUCUGAUUCGAGCUCGAAACGUGUGUACUUCAGUGAUCAAUCUGGUUAUGUUGAACCAGACCCUGGCCACUCGUUUGAAGCCACGCAUGAGCAAAUCUUUGGUAUGCUGUGGAGUGAGGAUUCUGCAGCCCAAAAUGUUCUUCCCACCAUGGAAGGCUUUGCUCAGCAGGCUGAGACUAUAAAGGAAGGGCUGUCUGAGAUUGUGAUGAAUGGGUUCAAACCAGAUGCCAUUCCGGUUUAUAGAGAGUUGGUGAAAGAAUUUGCUGUUUGUGAUAGAUGGUUUUCGUCAAUUCCUACAUUGACACAACCAAACAGGCUGUUUAUUCACUCUGCAACAUCCUAUGGCGCCACAGCUAAUGACACAAAAAUGUUGAUUGAGGGGUACCCUCAGAAGACCAUUUUCGAGUCAUUGGAAGAGAAUGGCUGUAGUUUCGGGAUUUAUUAUCAGUACCCUCCUACUACACUUUUCUACAGGAACCUAAGGAAAUUGAAGUACAUAAGGAAUUUUCAUCAGUUUGAUCUGCAUUUCAAGCAUCACUGCGAGAAAGGAAAGCUACCAAACUACGUAGUGAUUGAGCAACGUUAUUUCGAAACAAAAUUGUUGCCGGGAAAUGAUGACCAUCCUUCCCAUGAUAUCUCUGAGGGCCAGAGAUUUGUGAAGGAAGUAUACGAAGCCUUGAGAUCGAGCCCUCAAUGGAACGAAAUAUUGUUCGUGAUAAUCUAUGAUGAACAUGGUGGUUUCUAUGAUCAUGUGCCACCACCUGUGAUUGGAGUUCCAAGCCCUGAUGACAAUGUAGGCCCUGAACCGUAUAGGUUCAAGUUUGAUAGGCUUGGAAUUAGGGUUCCUGCCAUCUUGAUAUCUCCUUGGAUUGAACCAGGGACUGUGUUACAUGGGCCGACAGGGCCAUAUCCGACAUCAGAAUUUGAACAUUCAUCAAUCCCGGCUACUGUCAAGAAGGUUUUCAAUCUGGGAGAAUUCUUGACAAAAAGAGACGCGUGGGCUGGUACUUUUGAAGUUGUCCUGAAUAGGAGUAGCCCGAGAACUGAUUGUCCAGUUAUAUUACCCGAGCCAGUGAGAUUACGAGACACUGGGCCAAAUGAAGAGGCAGGUCUGAGUGAAUUCCAAGCAGAAUUAGUUCAACUGGGCGCUGUGUUGAACGGAGACCACUCCAGAGAUGACGUCUUUCCCCACAAAUUAGUGGAGAACAUGAAGGUUUUCGAGGCUGCUGAUUAUGUUGGAGGAGCGUUUCAGAAAUUCACUCAAGAGUGCCACAAAGCCAUCGAAGCUGGGGCUGAUGAAUCCCAUAUUAUUAUCUGUCCUGCAAAACCGGAUCCACCUGAUCAUCAUCAAGAACAUCACCGGAGAUCCAAAACCUUUGUUCGGAAGAUACUUUCAUGCCUAGUUUGUGAUCUAUCCUAGCUAAUACCACAUUUUGUGGAUCAGUGUUUUAUUCUAUGAUUGAAGUUUUCAACAAGCUUAUAUACAUUACUGUAUUUAAUCUUUGAAACUAUGUUUCACAAGUCAUUGUUUUUCUAUUGUGAAAACCUGUAUGUCUAAGACAGAGGUAGCUAUAAGCUAGUGAAAGUAUUUUACAGUGCUAUUAUUCGAUGUUUUUACAUCCAACUGCAUGACAAAUUUCACACAGACAUGAAAAGUGAGUUUGAUUUAUUAACUCGGUUCUUAUUCUGCUGCUGAAACAUUCCAGCAUUGAACCAAGUUUGACACUUAUUGCUUAGUCCUGCAUUGCUUCAAAAGAAAUAUAUCAUAGUAUAAGUACUUAUUAUUUUCAGGUCUGAACGGGGCGUGUCAGCGCUUCCCUUUCUUCACUACAUUAGUCUUGUACCAGCUCAUGAACUUUGCUAUGAAUUCUGCAUUGGAGAAAGAAAGAGAAGACGAAUCAUACGAUAAACAUGGAUGAUUGACUCAAUGAUCGUUGAGUCUAAUACGGUAUGGAAAAUACUUCAAUUCUCUCACCUUCAAUCUUCAUAAACUGCUGCACAGUCUGUCGUAAUGGAUCAUUAUGUAUGUUACCCGAUUCCUCACCGUUCAACUGGCUCUGGGGAAAGAAGAGAAGAUUGUCUAUGUCAUUCUGUAACUGCUUGUCCAAGUUCUUCUUUAGCUCUUCUCCCAGAGUCUGCAUAUUGAA